UGACCCAUCUCUGUGUCCCUAGCAAUGCUGAGCAUAAGGCAGCCUGGGGAGGCAUUUGCUGAACGGCUGCAAACCACAGACGAAACACCUCCAGCUUUGAGCUGGGGCUCCACCCCUCUUUCUCCUCCCAUCUCUGACUUCACACCACCUCCCCUCCAGAGUCUUCACUGCCCACUGCGACUUCAUGAAGUUGGCCUGGGAAAGGCAAUCAGGUGGUCACCCACGGCUACCAGGCCUUUUGUGUCCACCGUGACUUCCUGGACCAUAGGCCAUUUUGCAGCCACCCUGCCUUCUCCACCUGCGAGAGCCCGGAAGCCCAGCGUGUCUCCGGCGUCCGUGGGACCCUCGAUGCCCGCAGCGUCUCCCAAUCCUCCUGCCUCCUUGAAGACCACCAAAUCGGCAAUGCCCAACAGCCCCUCUGUGUCCACCAAACCUGUGACCGCCCCUAACUCGGUCACGAGCCCAAGCAUUUCCGAAUCUCCCAAAUGGGCAAGUACAAAGGCAGCCCCUUCUAACCAGCCCAGCAACAAGUCCCGAGCCCACGGCACGGCCCGAACGCCUAGCAAAGCUAGCACUGACAUCAGGACCAGCAAAGCCAGCAAGGCCAGCAGGGUAAGACGCCCCCGGCGCAGAGGCACCCACAGCCGAGGCAGAACUCCUGGCAGAAGGGGAAGCCACAGCUCCAAGAGGUCAGCCAACAGGGCCAGCACUCCCAGCAGGAUAAGAACUAAUGGUGCCAGACCAGGUAUGCCCAGCAGGGUGAGAACUCCUACUUCCCAGCGAAAACAGAGUUGGAGAAAGAGUUACAGCCAGCUGAGAACCAACAACCGGGAAAGGAGUGACAGCCAGCCUAGAAAUGUGAGCAGAAAGAGGAGCUACAGCCUCCCAGGAGCCUUGGAUAUGGGGAAGAGCUCCAGCCUGGCUGGAACCCCCAGUAGGGCAAAGACAGGUACUUCUUCUAGAACUCCCUUCGAGGAGAAAGGUCACUGCCCGUCUCCAGCAUCAUCGAGGAGGGUGAAGAGUUAUAGUCAGAAGAUCACCCCCAGCAAGGGAUGGAGUUACAGCCCUACUGAAGUGUUCAGCAGGGCCGAGAGUUACAACCAAGGUAGUGCACCCAGCAGGCCCCAAAGUCACAGCCAGUCUAGCACCCCCAGCCAGCCCCGAAGUCGCAGCUGGUCUAGAAUGCCUAGAAGGGCAAGAAGUCGCAGUAGGGAGAGGGCCCACAGCAGGGUGAGAGGUCACAGCUGGAAGAGAAAUCAUAGCAGGGCAAGAAGUCGUACCCGGAAGGGAACUCCCAGUCAGAUGGGAAGACACAGCCACUCUAGAAUCUGCAGCAAGGGGAAAACUUAUAACCAAUUUAGAACCCCCAAAAGGGAAAGAUGUUACAGCCAGUCUAGAAGCCCCAGCACAGAGAGAGGUCACAGACGAUCUAGAACCCACAGCAAGGAGAGAGGUCGCAGACGGUCUAGAAGCCCCAGCAAGGAGAGAGUCCACAGCCGAUCUAGAACACCCAGUAAGGAGAGAGGUUGCACCCUGUCCAGAACCCCCAGUAAGGAGAGCGGUCGCAGCCACUCCAGAACCCCCAGCACGGAGAGAGAUUACAGCCAAACUAGAAUCUCCAGCAAGGAAAGAGAUCACAGCCACUUCAGAACCUCCAGCAAGGAAAGAAAUCACAGCCAAUCUAGAACCCUCAGAAAAGAGAAAGAUCACAGCCAAUCUAGAACCUCCAGUGAGGAGAGAGAUCACAGCCAAACUAGAACCUCCAGCAAGGAAAGAUAUUACAGUCGAUCCAGAACCCCCAGAAAAGAGAGUGCUCUCAGACGAUCUCCAACCUCCAGCAAGGGGAGAGAUCUCAGCCAAACUAGAACUUCUAGCAAGGAGAACGAUUACAGCCCAUCUAGAACUCCCAGAAAGAAGAGAGACCACAGCCGAUCCAGAACUUCCAGCAAAGAAAGUGAUCACAAGGAGAGCAAUCCCAGCCAAUCUAUAACCCCCUGAAGUCUCAGCAGGAAGGGAUCCCCUAGCAGGGCACAGAGUCCUAAUCAGAACAGAAAACCUAGCGAGAUAAGGAGCCACUCCCCGUCAAGAUUUCUCAGCGGAGCCCCGAUCCCAAACCAGGAAGAUAGUCAAGCCAACACCACCACCUCGAAGGCCAUCUCACCUGGAGAGAGGUCCUCAUCGUCUUCCUCCAGGCUGGCGUAGCCCCCAGUCUCAGCUGGCUCACGGGUUUCUGUCAUGGC